UAUCCACUAUAAAAAUGGUUGGCAUGUGGUCCUUAAUAAGCGAGUUCCACCAAUCUAAAACUACUUGGGCAUUCAAAGCCCGAGCUGUUCGUGUCUAUACCGUCCCUGCCCAUGGCAUUUACGGUGAAUCUUUGCAGUGCAUUUUCCAUGACGCUGAGGGAACAAAAAUACAUGCACACAUUGCAAAAUCAGAGGUUGCGAAGUUUGAGCACCUGUUUAGGGAAGGAAAUGUUUAUGCAAUAAGAAAAGUCUUGGUGCUAGACAACUAUAUGAAGUUCAAGACAACAAGGAAUGCUUUCAAGUUGUUAUUCGUCAACCGAACUGAUGCCUUUGAAAUCUCUAACAUUAAUUUUCCAAUGAGGAUGUUUGACUUCACAUCUAUAGCUG